CAUGAUAAUGUAUUUAGGAUGUGAAACAGAGCAAGACUCACCCUGUUUUAGCUAAAGAAAGAAUCAUAAGAUUCACCCACUCAACCAGAGAAAAACGCGUCCCCAUUCCCUUCCAUUGUUCCUUUCCGAUUCAAUUUCUCUAUAUAAAUACAACCCCCAACCUCACUCUCCACCUUACCCAAUACACUUGGAAAAAGUUUAGAAAAAAAAAUGACUCUGUCUUCAUCUGUUCCACUCUGCAUGCUUCUCUUCUCAUUCAUUUUCUUCUUCACUUGCUCCUCUACCAAACUUAAUCAUGAUAGUAAAAACGACUCUCUUUCCCUCUCUUUCCCUCUAACGUUCUUUCCACUCACCAGAGAGAAACCACUUAAGAACAACCCUCAACAGAGAACCCUUUCUUCCUCUUCUUCGUCAUCAUCAUCGUACAACGUGAAAUCUUCAUUCAAGUACUCCAUGGCUCUGGUUGUUACGCUUCCGAUAGGUACUCCACCGCAGCUUCAACAAAUGGUGUUGGACACGGGAAGCCAACUCUCAUGGAUUCAGUGUCACAACAAGAAAACACCUCCUAAGACGGCGUUUAAUCCUUCUCUCUCUUCUUCUUUCUAUGUCCUCCCUUGCACCCACCCUCUUUGCAAACCACGCGUUCCCGAUUUUACCCUUCCCACAACCUGCGACCAGAACCGCCUCUGCCACUACUCCUACUUCUACGCCGACGGCACUUACGCCGAGGGCAAUCUCGUCCGGGAAAAACUCACUUUCUCCUCUUCCCAAACUACCCCUCCACUUAUCCUCGGCUGCGCUACUGAAUCCAGCGACGCCAGGGGCAUUUUGGGAAUGAACCUCGGUCGCUUGUCUUUCCCCUCUCAAGCCAAAAUUACCAAAUUCUCCUAUUGUGUCCCCGCCCGUCAAACCCGACCCGGAACUAUCCCAACUGGGUCGUUCUACCUCGGAAACAACCCGGCUUCGUCACGGUUCCGUUACGUUAACAUGUUGACCUUUGGUCAAAGUCAUCGUAUGCCGAAUUUGGACCCCUUAGCCUACACUCUCCCAAUGCAAGGAAUUAAAAUCAACGGCAAAAGACUGAACAUCCAGCCUUCGGUUUUCAGGCCCAACGCUGGCGGGUCGGGCCAGACCAUGAUUGAUUCCGGAUCCGAAUUCACGUUUUUGGUGGACGAGGCUUACGGUAAAGUGCGGGAGGAAAUAGAGAGAGUGGUGGGACCCAAAUUGAAGAAGGGGUACGUGUACGGUGGAGUUUCUGACAUGUGUUUUGAUGGUGAUGCGAUGGAGAUCGGACGGUUGGUAGGGGACGUAGUUUUCGAGUUCGAGAAGGGCGUGGAGAUUGUGAUUCGGAAAGAGAGGGUGCUUGCAGACGUGGGCGGUGGGGUCCACUGCGUGGGAAUCGGAAGGUCAGAAAGAUUGGGUGCGGCGAGUAACAUUAUUGGCAACUUCCAUCAGCAGAAUCUCUGGGUGGAGUUUGAUCUGGCCAAUCGUAGAGUGGGAUUCGGUGAGGCUGAUUGUAGCAGAUCCAUAAACUAAGUAAACAGUAUCACACGACGGGAUACCGAUCGUGUGCGUGGCGGUGCAUGUCGUUAUCAUGCGUAGGCUCACUCGUUUUUAAAAUUUUAAAGCUUAUUAGGGAGCGGUCUUCGAGGAGAAGAAAGAGGUCUUCCGUGGUGUGUAGGCGUAAACGUCAACGUUUUGGACGGAUGCAAGAUGUGGGGCUUCGCUUCGUAGCUCUUUCAAAAGAACGAUGCGUCAAAGCUCAUAAUCAAAUCGUGUACAUUAAUCUGAAUGAGACUGAUGUAUAUAUCUCCAUUACAGGGUUCCAAUCAAUAAUGUUGUGUCUAUAAUUUCUGUUUGUAAUUAGAUAAGCUUCAAGGAGAUACAAAAUAAGGUGAAGUGCUGUCCACUAAUUUAAAUAUAAAUUUGUUUGAACCCACUUAAUUUUAUUUUCAACCCAUGUCAUGUCAUUAAAGAUCAUUAAUUUUUAUGAUAAUUAAUUUAAAGUUUAUUUAUAUCCAUCAGUUGAAUCAGUCGAUAAAUUAAUAUGUAUUUAUGCUAAUUAUUUUGGAAAUGUUUGCUCAAAACGAACAGAAGAAUUGAUAAGUAGAGAUGGGUUAUUUUCAGAUUAACUUGCAUGUGUUUGACAAUUGUUGCCCCCACCUAAAUGAUAAAAAGGUUGAUCCAUUGUAUUGUAACUUGGUACUAUUUAUGAGUGCUAGAAACAGGGCACCCAAGUUGGAGUUCAUGAAGUAUCUUUAUCAAUACAGUUACCGAUCCAAGUUGUAGAGAGUAGUAGUGUUGAAGUGGAAAUAUGGAUAUGAUUUAAUAAGAUACCAACUGAUUAAUGAGGCCACACACCUUUUCUUAACAGAAUGGACAUUUUAACAAAGCUUCACCACAACGCCCUCGUGGUGAAAGAGACACAGCAUUCAUAAAACAAGGAUAAUAAAUAUCUAAAUUAUCUUAUAAAAUAAGCAACCUCAAAUUAAAUCUAACAAAAAAUUUACUUGUAAAAAAAUAACGCAAUUUUUAAUAUAAUAAUUUAUCUUAAUUAAUUUACUUAAAAUAAAAUUAUUUAUCUCGUUUUUUAAAAAAAGGGGAAAAGACAUAGUUCCCGACACUAACAUCGUUCACAUGAUUAUGAAAAACGUGUGUUGUUUAGUUAAGGAUAAAAUCUAGCUUUUACCCUUUUUCUCUUUAACCUUGGUGUACGUGGCUUUUCUAUACGCCUCCAUUGUUUCACAAUUAUUUUCCCCUCCUAAAUUACUUUACCUUCAAUCAAAGAAUAGUUUUCAGUUCCAAAUCUUGCCAUCCAAGGGAUAAAGCUCUCUCUUUUGGUUCGAUUAUAUGUUACACAAUUCAAAGUGUUAACAUAAAGUAAAAUUAUCUUCAAAUAUCUCCGCACAUCUUACCUUUACAAAGAGUUUUAUAAACUUCUUUAUGCACCCAUUAAUUUAAUUCUUUCUUUCUCUUAGAUCUCUUCAUUACAUCUCAAUACUCUUUUAUAAAGCAUUGUUGAUAAAGCUACACAUGUAGUAACCACAAAACCAUGGUGAGGAAGUUGUAAAAGGAAGGACAAUAGGGAAUGAAUAAUAAUGGAAAAUUAAUAGCAGUUAAAAGGAGUGAUCACUCCUCGUGAACUUUUUUGGCUUUGCCUUGUAUGUGAUGCAUGAUAUGAUAAAUACUUUUUAUUCAGUGUGCGAUAGUGAAAUUACUUUAUAACUAACAAAGAGAAAGACAGUCUUUGCAACUGGCUCGUGUCCCUUGCUUUGGGUCAAAUCUGUGAAGUUUUAAUGCAUAAAAUAUUUAUGAAUCAUCAUAAUAAUUAUUUUCGUUGGCCAACUAUAGAAAAUUAAUUUCUUAAUUUCAGGAUUUUUUAUUUUUAAAAAUAUAAUUUUCUGAAAAUACUUUUUGAAUUCAAAGACUCUCUUAUCUUUAAUUGAAACAUCGUUCCUUUAUUACAAAAAUUUUCAUAUUACAAAUUAGAUUUAAGAGACAUAUUUGAAUUAUGUUGUAGAGAUCUAUUCUUUAAAGGUUU